AUGAACACUUAUCUAGUAGCAUACUCUUUUAUCCAACUGCUGGCGCUGUUUAUUGUUCAGGUGUGCAGUGAACGACUGUCAGUGCAGUUCGAGCGGUUCGAGCAACUCAUGGGUUUCGAUACGGCAAAUGCAAACAAUUUGCGCAUUAAGAAAUACAAUCGGACGGUGACCGUUUUGAAUGGAACCGUCGAUGUAUACCAGGAUAUGGGCGAUGAUUUUUCUAUAACAAUUGAUCUAGCGUAUAGCCCGCUGGGCAAUAAUCAAUUCAUCAAUUCACCGUUCCACGUACCCCAGCAAUAUGGGUGUGAAUUUUUGAACACGACGUACCGGAUGUAUCAUGAGAACGUCCGAAACUUGACCAACUUCCCCGACCCUGGAGUGUGUCCAUUGCCAGCAAAACAAUACUACGUAAACAAUAUGGAGCUCACAACUGAACUAGUCAACGAUUACGCCCAGGCUGGAUUGUGGAAAAUCACGGUUAAAGUUUACGAAAAGAAUACUUCUCUCGUGAUUGAAUGCGAGUUGUUCUGUAAAAUUUCACGAGAUAUGUUAGGGUAA